GAUUUUUUUGACAGAUAUAUCAUCCCAUACUUUAUAACUAACUGAAAAUUUGGUUACUAUAAAAUUAAACUGACCAACAUGAGUGCUCCCAUUUCAGUGAUGUUGAAAUUUACCAUCAUAUGCCAGAAAAUAAAAUGAGAUGCCACCAGUUAUUCAUUAAUACCAUAAAAUUCCUCCACUUUCUAGUUGAAAGUGAAAGUGAAGUCACUCAGUUGCGUCAGACUCUUUGCGACCCCAUGGACUGUAUGUAGCCUACCAGGCUCCUCUGUCCAUAGGAUUUUCCAGGCAAGAGUACUGGAGUGGAUUGCCAUUUCCUCUUCCAGGAGAUCUUCCCAACCUAGGGAUCAAACCCAGGUCGCCCACAUUGUAGGCAAACGUUUUACCAUCUGAGCCACCAGGGAAGUCCUCAAGUUGGCCAGGGUGAAUAUAUCAAGUUGGUCAGAGAAAAUUUGUUGCUAAGGAUCUGUGGAAUUACCCUGGUAUUUUUAUAUAUGAUUUCAUUUUUUAAAAUUGUUGGUUAGGACUUGCUGCAUUGAUUUCGUGACGGCAAAUUGGUUGCAAACUGCGGUUUGGAAAACUCUGGUAUAGAAAGAUCAUAGUGGGUGAGAGGGAGAGUGGCUCCUAGGUAAAUUCAGAAUGGUACUAAGCCCAUAGGGCUUAGUAAGCCACAGUAAAGAUGAUAGAAUUUACUAAAGUGUGAUUAAAAGUCUUGAGGAUUAAAACCUGAUUUUCAUAUGAUCACUCUGGCUGCUGGGUGGAGAGUGGAUUGAAGGGCUGAUGCCAGGGUAGAGGUGGGCCCACAGGCCAAAUCCACCCGCCACCUGUCUCUGUAAAGCCUGUGAGCAAAGAAUGGUUUUUACAUACAUUUCAAAUGGUCAGGAAUAAAUCAAAAGAAUAAUAAUAUUUCAUAAUGUGAAGGUUAUAUGGAAUUUAAACUUGAGUGUCCAUAAAUGAAGUUUUAUUAGAACACAUGGAAGCUCAUUGUGUACAUAUGGUCUAUGGCCACUUUUGUGCAACAAGAGCAGAGUUGAGUACUUAGAAUGAGGAUAGUAUGGCCCACAAAGCCGAAAUACUUACUAUAUGGCCCUUUAGAGAAAAAGUUUGUUGACCCCUGUGGUAGAGUUUAGGCAGCCAUAUCAGUCCAGGAGAGAGAUGAUGGUGUCUUGGACUGAGGGUAGUAGUGUAUGUACAUGGAUACAAGUAGAUUAGUGUGGGAGGCAUUUUGGAGAAGGGACUGAGAAGUUUUGCCAUUGAGUUUGUUUACUGGUGGAAUUGAUUGAAAGUUUCUUUUUCCUUCACUGAAUAAAGACAACCAUCUAGCCAAAAAAGUAAAUGGAUCAUGUUGCAUUUCCUUCUGUAUGUGGUAUUCGAAAAGAUGUAUGUAACUUUCAAAAGCAACUUCAGUGUAAAAUGAAAAACAAUGUUAUGUUUGCCUGACCCAUAAGACUUGUAAUCCUUCUCUAUAACUAGCUUCUUGCUAUGUAUUUUAAAUUUACUAACCUCUUCUUACAUAUACACUCCUUAUAAAUAUUAAGACUCUUCUGGGCUUUCUGAAUACAGUACAUUGUUUUAAAUGGCUUGAAAAUUUAAACUUAGGUAGAAUGCUUAGGAACCACUCUAGGUCUCCUGUUGGUUCUGUGACUAUAGUUUGUGGUUGUUCUUUUGCAUGAGUUUGUCAGCUGUGGCAGGGUGGAAAUUUUAAUAAAGUUUUUAUUAUAAAUUUUAUUUAUAUUUUCCUUGUAUAGCCCCUGACUGUAGUGGAAAUAGUCUUUGAAACCAUAAAUCCGUAGAAUCUGAAUUUGCAAUACAAAUUACUUUUUAAGCAGUAAUUCAAACUUUUAAAUGUGUAGCAGUUGUUUUUGACCAUUUAUUAUACAUGAAAUUUAUAAAAUUAUGUAAGAAUUAUAUUUAUAUAGUUCUUUAUACCUUACUGUCUCUAACAGUAUGGCUGACUAAAUAAUCUGAAGACCCUUCUGUUUCAAAUCACCUAGAAAUUUUAGGUAAAAUAUAGCAAACAUCCAUUUAAAUGAACAACUGAGCUUUCAAGAGAGUAAGGAAAACAAAUUCAAACAUAAAGAAAAGACUGAAAAACAGAGGAGUGUGUAAGCUGACAUUUGACUGCUCUAUGGGUGGGAGCAAGAGUUAAUGGUCUGGGCAUUGUUGGGAUUAGAAUUUUAAUGCCCACGUGGAAAUAAGUUACAGAGCUUUGAGUUUGUACAAAGUGGAGAGUUGGAACAGCAUGCAAGCAUGAAACCAGGAUCCUUAAAGGACUGUAUACUUCCAGCAAAGGGGUAGAUGAGGAAAAGGACCCAUCCAUCAGCAAAGGGAGACUACAAAGAAGCUUUUAAAUAAGGUUUCCCUAAGAAUUUGUAACUAUGUUCCUGCCUCUUGUUGGCUUGGAAUUUAAAUUAAUAUUAACUUCUUGUUCUGGGAAAACCUAAACUGAGAAAUUAAUAUAAAAAAAGAUUCAUAGUGUAGCAAAACCUCUGAGUUAUUUGGAAGAAGCAAACACAUACAUCCUUGGUGGGGCAAGCUUUCAAACUAGGCUGCCUAGUUUCCCAAAGUUAAACUGCAUGAAGUUGAGUUUGCAAUACCCAAUUGAAAAUUUCAUUAUCACAAGUGGUGCAAUGAAUAGGGUUAAAUCCAUAAGGCCCUCAGAUAAUUAUUGUGUUUUGUUGUUAUUUAGACACUUUAAGUCAUGUGACUCUUUUGCAACCCUUGGACUAUAGCCUGCCAGGCUCCUCUGUCCAUCAGAUUUUCCAGGCAAGAAUACUGGAAUAGGUUGCCAUUUCCUUCUCCAGGGGAUCUUCCUGACCCAGGGAUCGAACCCAUGUCUCCUGUAUUGGCAAGGGAUUUCUUUAUCACUGAGCCACCAGGGAAGCCCAGUUGUCAUAUGGAGACCAUAAGAUAAGUGUUUAAAUGACAAAAAGCUUAAAAUAAUGAAAUGAAAACAUAAGAAAGUAGAUCAAAAGAUUUGGAAAGGAAUCCAAUAAAGCUUAGAGAAAUAAAAAAUAUAGUCAUCAAAAAAAAAAAUGGAGUAAUCAGCAGAAACAGUUAAAGGAGGAAUAAAUGACUUAAGAGAAAUGUGAAGAAUUUAUCCUGAAGCAGAAAAGAGAGGAAGAAAGAAGAAAAAUAUACCUUUAGAGACAUAGAAUUUGGAAUGGGAUGAUCUAACAUAAUACCUAAAGAAGUUCCAAUAGGAGAAAAAGUAAUAUGGAAAUGAAGCAAUAUUUCAAGAGAAAACGGCUGAAAAUAUUGCAUAUUAAUGAAGGGCAGAGUCAGCUUAAGAAGUGAGUCCCAAGGAUAAACGAAAACACUGUUCCUCACCUAGGCACAUCAUGAAAUCAAAAUUGAGCCAGAGUUUUUGUGGGUAGUAUUCUCCUACAACUAAGACACUGAAAUAAAUUCAGGUUUUAAAGUUAUUUUCUAGGAUUAGUGAUAAAUUUUCACUGAUCUGUCUGCAUGUUCACUGUUGGUUCAACUUGUGAUUCAGAACUUCACUUUGUGAAGUGUUUGCUAAGUUUUUGCCAUGGAGCGUUAGUAUUUAAAUAUAAAUUAAUAGUGCUUUGAGGAAAUAAUUUCUUUUUCUGACCAGUUUUCUUGAGGGAAAUAAGGAAUACACCAUCAAGAAAACUACCAUUCAGCACCUUCCAAAAAUGAGGACUUAAAAGUCACUGAUUAAAAAUAAUAGUGUAAUUUGAAAUGUUAACAACAACAAAAAAUCUGUUACCUUUCUUUGUUAUUCAGUCAGUCCAGUUUUAGAAUUUCUCUUUCUGUAUCAUGAAAUCAUUCAUUUCUUUUUCCUUCUGGUUUCCACUCUGAUUGUUCUCUUCCUGUUUCUUAUUCAUAGACUGCCAAGGAACAGCUAUAUUUGCAAGUCACUUUAAAUGGUUUAUUCAUCUUAUGUUUAAAAAGCAAGAUGAAAUAAAGGAAAACCCACUUAGCUUUUUUCCUCCAUUUAAUUAGCAUUUCUCUUUUGAUUUUUUCCCCUUUUACUUACUGCACCAGCUGGUUAGCAGACAAGUAUAGUGGGCCCUCUGUGAAAAUGAUUACUCCGUAAUUAUUCUCAUUUUCCCCCAUUCAUUAGCUGUUUUGAUGUGGGGCAGAGUGAGGCAGAAGCUAAUCUGCAUAAUCCUGACAGGUCAGAUUUCAUUUUGAAAUAGUCUGACGUUGGCCUCUACGAGCAUUAAUCAUAGUCCUGCUUUAGAGUUCUGUGAGCUGAAUAUCCCAUCAUUUAAUCUAAACAGCUUCAUUAAUGAGAUGUGUGUGUGUGUGUGUGUGUGUGUUGGUAGAGUGGGGAGGAGACUAGGAAUUUUGGGCAUCUUUCCCUCUUACUGUGCAUACCCACGAGCAUAUAUACAUUCACACUGCUUUUCCAAAGUGUAUUUUCCCCUGUAAAAACCUCUUCAUAACAGCCUCCAUUUAUUACUAGAUCUUGUUUUUAACCAUUUAACAAUUAAAUUUGUGUAUGUAUUUGAGAUAUAAAACAUAAAUCCUUUCUAUCUUAUUUCUCUAGCACUCAGUCUGUACUUUUAGACAUUGUUUAUUACUUUAAAUAUCUUCUAAAAGUUUUUCUCCUUAUCAAUCAGUUUUGAAUUUUAAACAACUUAUAUUUUAAACUGUACAUUUAAAAUUUUUCUAUUUUUUCUAUUUGUUACUGAUGUACAUAUCUUUUUUAAAUCAGGGUAUAAGUUUUCAGCAAGGAAAUGUUCACAUUUUCUUUGCGCAGUUCCAUAUACAAAAAUGAGUUUAGGUGUUUUAAUCUUUUAAAUCAUCAAGCUAAGUUUUCUUUAUAGUUGUUCUUAUUUAAUGUGUUAUGGAUAUUAAAUUAUGUUUGUGUAUUGUUAUUUAGGUGACUAUUAUAUGGUUAAAAAGAUUUUGGAGGAAAACAGUUCAGGUGACUUGAACAUAAAUUGCGUAGAUGUGCUUGGGAGAAAUGCUGUUACCAUAACUAUUGAAAACGAAAACUUGGAUAUACUGCAGCUUCUUUUGGACUACGGUUGUCAGAAACUAAUGGAGAGAAUUCAGAAUCCUGAGUAUUCAACAACUAUGGAUGUUGCACCUGUCAUUUUAGCUGCUCAUCGUAACAACUAUGAAAUUCUUACAAUGCUGUUAAAACAGGAUGUAUCUCUACCUAAGCCCCAUGCAGUUGGCUGUGAAUGUACAUUGUGUUCUGCAAAAAACAAAAAGGACAGCCUCCGACAUUCCAGGUUUCGUCUUGAUAUAUAUCGCUGCUUGGCCAGUCCAGCUCUAAUAAUGUUAACAGAGGAGGAUCCUAUUCUGAGAGCGUUUGAACUUAGUGCUGAUUUAAAAGAACUAAGCCUCGUGGAGGUGGAAUUCAGGAAUGAUUAUGAGGAACUAGCCCGGCAGUGUAAAAUGUUUGCUAAAGAUCUGCUUGCCCAAGCCCGGAAUUCACGUGAAUUAGAAGUCAUCCUAAACCACACAUCCAGUGAUGAGCCUCUUGACAAACGGGGAUUACUAGAAGAAAGAAUGAACUUAAGUCGUCUAAAACUUGCUAUCAAAUAUAACCAAAAGGAGUUUGUUUCCCAGUCCAACUGUCAGCAGUUCCUGAACACUGUUUGGUUUGGACAGAUGUCAGGUUACCGUCGUAAGCCUACCUGUAAGAAGAUAAUGACUGUUUUGACAGUUGGCAUCUUUUGGCCAGUUUUGUCACUUUGUUAUUUGAUAGCUCCCAAAUCUCAGUUUGGCAGAAUUAUCCACACACCUUUUAUGAAAUUUAUUAUUCAUGGAGCAUCAUAUUUCACAUUCCUACUGUUACUAAACCUAUACUCUCUUGUCUACAAUGAGGAUAAGAAAAACACAAUGGGGCCAGCCCUUGAAAGAAUAGACUAUCUCCUUAUACUGUGGAUUAUUGGAAUGAUAUGGUCAGACAUUAAAAGACUCUGGUAUGAAGGGUUGGAAGACUUUUUAGAAGAAUCUCGUAAUCAGCUCAGUUUUGUCAUGAAUUCACUUUAUUUGGCAACCUUUGCCCUCAAAGUGGUUGCUCACAACAAGUUUCAUGAUUUUGCGGAUCGGAAGGACUGGGAUGCAUUCCACCCUACACUGGUGGCAGAGGGACUUUUUGCAUUUGCCAACGUUCUGAGUUAUCUUCGUCUCUUUUUUAUGUAUACCACAAGCUCUAUCUUGGGUCCAUUACAGAUUUCAAUGGGACAGAUGUUACAAGAUUUUGGAAAAUUUCUUGGAAUGUUUCUUCUUGUUUUGUUUUCUUUCACAAUUGGGCUGACACAACUGUAUGAUAAAGGCUACACUCCAAAAGAACAGAAGGACUGUGUAGGCAUAUUCUGUGAACAGCAAAGCAAUGAUACCUUCCAUUCGUUCAUCGGCACUUGCUUUGCUCUGUUCUGGUAUAUUUUCUCCUUAGCACAUGUGGCAAUCUUUGUCACAAGAUUUAGCUACGGAGAAGAAUUACAGUCCUUCGUCGGAGCUGUUAUUGUUGGGACAUACAAUGUUGUGGUUGUGAUAGUCCUUACCAAGCUGCUGGUGGCAAUGCUUCAUAAAAGUUUUCAGUUGAUAGCAAAUCAUGAAGACAAAGAAUGGAAGUUUGCUCGAGCAAAACUGUGGCUUAGCUACUUUGAUGACAAAUGUACAUUACCCCCACCUUUCAACAUCAUUCCUUCGCCAAAGACUAUCUGCUAUAUGAUUAGUAGCCUGAGUAAGUGGAUUUGCUCUCAUACAUCAAAAGGCAAGGUUAAACGGCAGAACAGCUUGAAGGAAUGGAGAAAUUUGAAACAAAAGAGAGAUGAAAACUACCAAAAAGUGAUGUGCUGUCUAGUGCAUCGUUACUUGACUUCCAUGAGACAAAAGAUGCAAAGUACAGAUCAGGCAACUGUGGAAAAUCUAAAUGAACUGCGCCAAGAUCUGUCAAAAUUCCGAAAUGAAAUAAGGGAUUUACUUGGCUUUCGGACUUCUAAAUAUGCUAUGUUUUAUCCAAGAAAUUAGCCAUUUUUUAAAUCGUGUAGAGAAUAAUUUUCAAUAUUAUAAAUCUAAAAGACUGCAUUUGCAUAACUUACAAUUAAAUUAAUAAGAUAUAUAUUGAAAUAAAGAAUUAUGUAAAAGCCAUUCUUUGAAAUAUUUAUAGCAUAAAUAUAUGUUAUGUAAAGUAUGUAUAUAGGAUUAGUUUUUUUAAAACCCUCUGUCAGUGGCUUUUUGCAGGAGUAAAACAGAUUGAGUAGAUAGAUUUUAUUAGCAUGCUGUUUAGUUUUCUUGUUUAAAUAGUGCUUAAUUUUUUUUCUUUCUGCUUAAGAAGGGCAGUAAGAACUGUCUUAACUAUUGCCAGAAGGUUUUGUAAAAAUGAAGAUCAACAAAGGUGGGCUGAUCUUUCAUAUGACACACUUGAGAUACAGAAGUCAUGUUUUAAAAAUCUUUGUUUUAGGAGUUUACAUAUAGUUCAGUAUUUAUUGUUUCAGAAUAUAAGUUUGCCUAAAACAGUAGUCUGUUUUGUUCUUUUGUUAUAAUCUUAAGCAGAAAAGAUAAAGCCCUAAUGAAUAUUUGAAUCUAUUUAUGUGUCUAUACAUUAAAUUCACUUCAGUGUUUGUCAUUGUAAUAUAUUUACUUUUACAUGGUUGUAAUCACUUUAUUAUUUUUUUUUCCAUUUAUUUUUAUUAGUUGGAGGCUAAUUACUUCACAACAUUGCAGUGGGUUUUGUCAUGCAUUGACAUGAGUCAGCCAUGGAGUUACAUGUAUUCCCCAUCCCGAUCCCCCCUCCCACCUCCCUCUCCACCCGAUUCCUCUGGGUCUUCCCAGUGCACCAGGCCCGAGCACUUGUCUCAUGCAUCCCACCUGGGCUGGUGAUCUGUUUCACUAUAGAUAAUAUACAUGCUGUUCUCUCAAAACAUCCCACCCUCGCCUUGGUUGUAAUCACUUUAUAUCUUUAAUUUUUCUUUUUUCACUUAAUAGUAUUUUAUAUAUAUAUUUUUCAUUUAUUGAUAGGGUUAGUCCACAUAUUUAAAUUUUUACAGAAUUAUGUAGCUUUUGAAAAAUAUAGUUAGUAGACUUUCAUUUUAAAGCUGUGGAGUAUUUGAUUAUGUUUAUAAGUUUGCACAACUGUUUCUAUAAAAUUAGGUAUUUAUUGGCUUUUUUUUUUUUUUUAUUAUCAUGGUAGUGAUGUAAUUUUUUUUCAAGUUGGAGUGAAUGUUCCUAGUUAUAAAGCUAACCCAAAAUAAGGACUUAAAAGAUAAUUCUUUAGCAUGUUUGGUCACAGCCUGUUUUGUUUUUGUAAACAUUGAAAGAUCUUUUAAUGUAAGGAUUUAUCAUAUUUUUGAGCUAAGGUUCUUGAUCUUGUCUCCCAAAGAAUUCCACAGGAUUUAGCAUAGCUUGUAUAAAAGUGACUUCAUGCUUAUUUGUUGCUCAUUCUUGAUGCUUAGAAUAAAAAGCAUUGACUUUUUAAAUAGGAGAAUAAAAUAUAUAUUUAAAUCUUUUUCUGUGUUCUUAUAAGGGAUAUAGAUAACAUUUUUCAUAGGGUACUGCUUACAUAUUCUUGCAGCAUUUCCAGUUAAGAGGUUAUUAUGUACACAAUUAUCUUCUUAACUGAAUGUCUGAUGGUCUUAAGGCCACAGGGUGCAGGUAGCCCUUGGUCUGCAAGCACCACCAAUCCAGGGAUCAUUGUUGAAAUAGUAUUGUGUUUCAUCUUGCUUUUUACUUUUUAUUUUUUAAUUUCUAAAUUGUAAGUGUUCCCUCUUUGGGGCAAAUUCUUAUAAAAAUGUUUAUUGUAAAGUUAUAUAUUUUGUCUAUGAUGGGAUUAUGCACUUCCCAGUUGGGAUUUUACAUCAGGGUUUUUAGUCAUUCUAAAAAAUACCUAAUUAUUAAAUCAAAAUAUUUAUAGAGUGCCUACUGUAUGCAUGAGUUACUUAUGAGGUAUAUUUUGAAUGACAGCAUAUUGUGAGAAAAAAGGUAAAUAAAACUUGACACUAGAUUAUAAA